GUCACUCUGUGGGCGGGCUUUACGGAAUCAGGAAGAGUGACGUAACAUUUGUUUUGGGACGACAAGCGUAGAGACGACCCACAGCCAUUUAAGAAUGGAGCAAAACAAUGAUGAUUACAAGCUGAUAUUUGAGAAGGAGGGAGUGUACCUGCACACCAACGCCAAGAGGAGCAACCAGGACACCAGCAUUCCCGGGUUCAUCCGCAUUGUAGAGCGGGCUGGGGUGCCAGCUUUGGAAUGGAGUCCGCUGGAGGAUGAAGGCCGCACUGCUCCCGCUGUACUCUACACCAAAAAGGAUGGAGAAGCAGGAGAGGAGGACACAAACUUUGAUCCCGGCUAUGAGCCAGACUGGGCAGUCAUCAGCACUGUGAAGAAAGACAGAGAACAUGUCCCCGUCAAAGAGUCAGGUCAAUGGUCCUUCUCCCUGCCUCUGUCGGAGCUCUACUCCCUGAGGAGGGCCCGUUUCUCCCUGGGUCGAAACUUCCUGGUGUUGACCAGCAGAGGGGGCCACCCGCUGCCUCCUUUGCACUUCCACAGGGGAGGAAGCAGGGAGCUGCUGCGCGCCCUUAGCCGCUACAUCGUCCUGGACCAGUCUCCUGUUGAUGGGCGUCUCUUCCUGGCCUACCCUCAAGACCCAAAUGCUCUUUCUCAGUCCUUUGAUAAGCUGCACCUCUUUGACGAUGGCUCAGAUCUCGUAUCGAGAUUCAUCCAGGACCCCUAUGCAACUACGUUUGGUGGAUUCUCCAAAGUCACCAACUUCUUCAGAGUGGCUCUCCGGCCUCCAGAUUCCCCGCUGCAUCAACGAGAUGCUCAGGAUUCAAGUAUGGCCCCUCAGUUUGACGAGGAGCCUGGCUUUGAGCUCAUCACAUGUGGGGUGGAGCUCGGCCCCAAGCCAGCUGUAAGCAGAGGUCAACCUCUGGACAAAUGGGAGGAGUUCCUUGACCCCGAGGGUCGCGUGAAGAACCCAGAGAGCGUCAAAGAGCUCGUCUUCCGAGGGGGCAUCACACCGUCGUUGCGGAAGGAGGUGUGGAAGUUCCUCCUGGGCUUUUAUCCGUGGAGCAGCACUCGCAGAGAGCGGGAGGACAUUUUACGGGUCAAAACUGACGAGUACUUCAGGAUGAAAGUACAGUGGAAGUCCGUCAGUGAGGAGCAGGAAAUGAGGAACUCGCUCCUCAGGGGAUACAGAAAUCUGAUUGAGCGAGACGUGAACAGGACAGACAGACACAACACCUUCUUCUCCGGGAAUGACAAUCCAGGACUGGCUCUCCUCCAUGACGUGCUGAUGACCUACUGCAUGUACAACUUUGAUCUGGGGUACGUGCAGGGCAUGAGCGACCUCCUGUCGCCUCUGCUGUUUGUCACCCAGAACGAAGUGGAGUCCUUCUGGUGUCUGACGGGCUUCAUGGAGCUGGUGCACCACAACUUUGAAGAGUCCCAGGAGGCCAUGAAGCAGCAGCUCCUUCAGCUCAGCAUCCUGUUAAAGGCUCUGGACCCAGAACUCUGCGACUUCCUGGACUCUCAGGACAGCGGCUCCCUUUGCUUCUGUUUCCGCUGGCUGCUCAUCUGGUUUAAGAGAGAAUUCUCCUUUGAGGACAUCCUCACAAUGUGGGAGGUGAUGUGGACCCGUCUGCCCUGCGACAACUUCCACCUCCUGAUCGCCUGCGCCAUCCUGCAGUCGCAGAGAGGAGAGCUGAUUGGCUCCGACCACGACUUCAACACUAUCCUGAAGCACAUUAACGAGCUCACCAUGAAGUUGGACCUGCAGAGCACCCUGCGUGGAGCGGAGGCCAUCUACCUGCAGCUACUUCAGUGUAAGGAGCUCCCCCUCAAGGUGCAGGAGGUUCUGGGCCUCUACGUGCCGUCCAGCUCCGAAGACGAGAGCCCCGACUCCCAGGGCAGCGAGACACAGCGUCUCCUCGGCCAAUCUCAAGUCGGACCCGCGUCCGGUGAUGCCGCCUGCGCUCCUCCUCCUUCUCCCUCUCCCCCCCGCCUGUAAUACCCGCCGACAGUCACAAAGAUGUUUAUAUAUCACCAAAAGAAUAUUACCUGUAAAUGCCUGAGAGGACACCGUAAUCUACGGGAGCCGACGUGCCGCAACGUCCAAACACCUUAAAACACAUGCAUCGGGGAAAUGCUGCAAACUAACACAUAAAGCGCUGCAGGAUCAAAAACGAAUGCUGCAAAUACCAAGAACGUAUACAAACAGCUGCAUGAGAGAAAUACUGCAAGUUCACAAAACAAAACAAGUUAGCCAAGCUACCAUGAAAUUUACCAGGCUACGGGGAAGUUAGCCAGGCCAGCAGGGGUGCUAGACCUGAGAGUCUUUAAUUUCCAUCACGUCUGACACCCCUGGUAGCUUGGCUAACUUCCGUUUUGUUGCUUGCAGCAUUUCUUUCCUGCAGGUGUUAUGGGGGGUUUGCAUUUGUUUCUGAUACUGCAGCAUUUAUGUCAGGGGUGCCCAAACUUCUUCCACCGAGAGGCUAUAUACUAAGAAGUUUAAUAUGUUUUAAAAAAAACAGCCUUCAUCUCAAGCUUUGUGUUAAAGAUGACAAAGCAUAUUAUUCAUAUGAGGUUUUUCUCCUUUCUUUCUUUCUUUCUUUUUCUUUUGCUCAUUUUCGCAUUAAAAAUGUUUCUUUUUACAAAUAUUUGAACAUUAUUCUCGUGAAUCUUUUCUCCCAUUAUUACGACUUAAUCCAAAUAUAUUUAGACGUUAUUUUCGCAAUAUUAACUUUUUUCAAAAUGAUUUGCUCAGUUUUUUUGUCAUGAUAUUACAACUUGAAAAAAAAUAAGGCCCUUUUUUUCUUUAAUAUUUCAACUUUAUGCUU